AUGUCCUCACGACCAGACCUCCGAGUCGACGACGAAGUCGGCUUCAUCCGCUUCUAUCGCUCCAUCACCAACAACAAUGACAACGAUAAUGGCAACAACAACAACGAGACAAUCCGAAUCUUCGACCGCGGAGACUGGUACUCCGCCCACGGCAGCGAAGCCGAAUUCAUCGCCCGCACGGUAUACAAAACGACCUCUGUGCUACGGAACCUGGGACGGAGCGAAACCGGCGGUCUACCGUCCGUGACCAUGAGCGUGACGGUGUUUCGCAACUUUCUGCGCGAGGCGUUAUUUCGACUCAAUAAGCGGGUGGAGAUCUGGGGAUCGAGUAGUGGGACGGGACGGGGUGGGCAGUGGAAGAUGGUCAAGCAGGCGAGUCCGGGGAAUUUGCAGGAUGUGGAGGAGGAACUGGGGAGUGUGGGGGGGUUGAGUUUGGAGGCGGGGGCGCCGAUUAUUCUGGCGGUGAAGAUUUCGGCGAAGGCGGGGGAGGCGAGGAGUGUGGGGUUGGGGGUGAGUGAGUUUUUGGAUAAUGAUGUGUAUUCGAAUCUGGAGUCGUUGGUCAUUCAGCUGGGAGUGAAGGAGUGUUUGGUGCAGAUGGAUGUGGGGAGGAAGGAUGUGGAGUUGGCCAAGGUGCGCAAUAUUGCGGAUAGUUGUGGGAUUGCGGUUUCCGAGAGACAGUCGGGGGAUUUUGGGGUUAGGGAUAUUGAGCAGGAUUUGACGAGGUUGUUGAGGGAUGAGAGGUCCGCCGGGACGUUGCCGCAGACGGAGUUGAAGUUGGCGAUGGGGGCGGCGGCGGCGUUGAUCAAGUAUCUUGGGUAUCAGCUGUAUCAGCAUGAUUUGUCGCAGUUCAUGAAGUUAGAUUCGUCGGCCCUGAGGGCGCUGAAUCUGAUGCCGGGUCCGCGGGACGGAUCGAAGACGAUGAGUCUCAGGCUGCUGGCACAGUGGUUGAAGCAGCCGCUGAUGGAUUUGGCGGAGAUUGAGAAAAGACAGCAGCUGGUCGAGGCUUUUGUGGUGGAUACGGAGCUCCGGCAGACGAUGCAGGAGGAGCAUCUGCGCUCCAUUCCGGACUUAUAUCGGCUGGCGAAGCGGUUCCAGAGAAAGCAGGCGACGCUGGAGGAUGUCGUCCGUGUGUAUCAGGUUGCCAUUCGCCUGCCGGGUUUCGUGGCGUCGCUGGAGAACGUGAUGGAUGAGCAGUAUCAGACGCCCCUGGAGCAGGAGUAUACGUCUAAGCUGCGCAGUCACUCGGAUAGCUUGGCGAAGCUGGAGGAGAUGGUCGAGACGACGGUGGAUCUUGAUGCGUUGGAGAACCACGAAUUCAUCAUCAAGCCGGAAUUUGAUGAGAGCUUGCGCGUCAUCCGCAAGAAGCUGGACAAGUUGCGCCAUGAUAUGGACACGGAACACCGCCGGGUUGGUCGGGACCUAGACCAGGAGGUGGACAAGAAGCUGUUCAUGGAGAACCACCGUGCCGGCUGCAUUCGCAACAAGAGAGAGUACCAGGAGUGCUCGACCCAGAAGAACGGCGUCUAUUUCACGACAUCGACAAUGCAGGCGCUUCGUCGCGAGCAUGAUCAGCUGUCGUCCAACUAUAACCGCACUCAGACGGGUCUGGUGAGCGAGGUGGUCAAUCUUGCCGGUGUUCUGGCUCAUCUGGAUGUGGUUGUGAGUUUUGCGCAUUCCGCCGUGCAUGCUCCUACGCCAUAUGUCCGUCCAAAGAUUCACCCACGGGGUACCGGAAAUACGAUCCUGAAGGAGGCGCGACACCCAUGUAUGGAGAUGCAGGACGACAUCUCCUUUAUCACCAACGAUGUGUCUCUUAUUCGGGAUGAUUCGUCUUUCCUGAUCAUCACUGGUCCCAACAUGGGUGGUAAAUCGACCUAUAUCCGGCAAAUUGGCGUCAUUGCGCUGAUGGCUCAGACGGGCUGCUUCGUGCCUUGCUCCGAGGCGGAACUGACGAUUUUCGACUGCAUUCUUGCCCGUGUCGGUGCGAGCGAUUCGCAGCUCAAGGGAGUGUCGACUUUCAUGGCCGAGAUGCUUGAAACCUCUAACAUCCUCAAGUCGGCAACGUCAGACACGUACGACGGCUUUGGUUUGGCAUGGGCUAUCUCGGAGCACAUCGUUACCGAGAUCCGCUCCCUGGCUGAUCGGUAUCCCAAAUCCGCCAAGAACCUCCAUGUGGUGGCCUUUAUCGGUGAUGGCACAAGCAAUGGAGCUGAAAGUAGAGACUCGAAGCGCAUCUGCGAUCAAUCUUUCGGUAUUCACGUCGCCGAAUUGGUCCGCUUCCCGGAGAAGGUGGUCAACAUGGCGCGGCAAAAGGCAGACGAGCUUGAAGACUUUACCUCUUCCGGAGCACAGGGACAAGAGUCGAACAUGUCGCUUGACAAGUACUCCCAAGAAGAAGUGGAAGAGGGCAGUGCUCUCCUUAAGGAGAUGUUGCUGAAGUGGAAGGAAGCGAUCGAAGCACCCGGAAAGGACCUCUCGGUUGAAGAGAAGCGUCAGAUCAUGCGCGAUCUUGUCAACAGUGAUCCGAAGUUGCAGGCCAACAAAGUGUUCCAGGGCAUUCAAGCCUUUUCGCUUGAUUCAUGCACCCCUUUUCCAUCCUCACUCUCGGAUGUCAAUAUGCUCAUGAGCGAUGGGUUGCUACGGGUAUUUUGGCCAUACGAUCUUCCUCGAUCGUCAUCGCCGGGGGUGAUUGUUGGAUGGCGGAACUCGGAGUUGGAUUUGUUCGUGCUGACAGUGCUGGAGGAUGUGGAGCCUCGAAAUGUCGACAACGCCUUACGGGCGGGGAUCCUCUUCCGCAACAGCCCCCAUCCUAUUGUGCGCAUAUUCGCUUUAUGUGGACGAUCAGCUAUGCAUGUUUUAGGCUCGACCAAUUCGCCAGAGCCGCCAACGGCUUUCAAUCCGUCGCAUCUCUAUGUCACCACAAACUCGUCGGGCAAGGUCCCUCGAAUCUACUGUCCGCCAGAAACGAAUCUUUCGGUCCAGGUCAUCAUGUUUCAUCGGCCUCAUCCGACUAGGAUGGAGUAUAUGUCUCUGGAGCCGAUUUCGCUGGCAUUGGGUGACAAAGUCUUUGCGGAAAAAUCCGAUGAUGUGUCUGAUCAGAUCAAUACCGAAGAGGAGCGGGGCAAGAGUCAGGCUGUAAAGCUGGUUGAAAAGCUGAAGCUUCACACGGUCGUCAAACACGUUCCCUCAUCGAAAGAACAAGCACUUCCCCUUAUUAUCAACCAGGUCAACUGUGCAUAUGAAAUGGGGAAGCUGAUGGAGAAGAAUAGCCACCUGGUAGGGAUCCGUGUCAAAAGAAGCAUGAGUGUUGGUGAACGGGUUGUAGAGUCCGCCACUACGUUGUGGGAUCUCGUCGUUCUCGGGGUUUCUUAUGUCUUUUGGCAAUGGAUCUGGCCUGUAAUUACCCGCAUAUUCAUCGUUGGGCUUGUUUUCCAUCGUACAAUUGCGGAGAUAGUCCUGCAAAUUCUGGAGUGGCGUGCCCGUCCGGAUGCUGCUGCGCUGAAAGACAUAUCUGCGACAGCUCAGCAGGUGGAUAUCCGACUCCAACAGUUCUGCUACUGGCCUAUUCAGUAUGUGAAACUACGUCAGAGGAAGGAUAACUGGGAGAGUGUGACUACUAGCCAUCCGGACUACAUUCGAUUCUAUAACAGCUUGUGGCUCGUCGCCAACGAUGUGAUUAUCGGCAUUGCAUUAGGGUCAUACAUCAUCGACAACGCCAACUGGGUGGCCUUUCAAAUCAAUUCUGUCUUGACGGGCUGGACUGUGGAAGGGUUGCAGCGUACCAUUUCCUGGCUGAUGGACUGGCCGGCUGGUUUGAAGCUCAACAACGAGCUUGCUGCAUUCCUGGGUGAUCUCUUCCUGUGGGUCAUAGAAAAUUGGGCAGUGCACAUUUACUCUUUCUACAUCGCAUCUGCACGGAUUUUCAACUGGCAACUUACUAUCAUCAUCUCUCUUUUCCAUCUUUUCCGCGGUAAGAAGCGAAAUGUGCUUCGCAACCGUAUAGACUCAUGCGAUUACGACCUUGACCAACUCCUUCUUGGAACCAUCUUGUUCACCGUUCUCUUCUUCCUCUUACCCACCGUUAUUGUCUUCUAUCUCGCCUUUGCGAGCGCGCGGAUGUUGAUCAUCUCGCUUAAAGCGGCGCUUGAUACGUGCCUAGCUUUCUUGAACCAUUUCCCGCUUUUUGCUCUAAUGCUGCGGGUGAAGGACUCACGGAGAUUACCAGGUGGAAUCCAUUUUGAGCUUCGUGAGGAGUACCAUAAAUGCCCAACAAGCAAGUCGAGCGUUAGUGUACCUUAUAUUCACCUCGAGUCCAUUCCUCUUACUCUUCGGGCCAUGUUCGAUCAAUACUUCCAACUGGGCCACCGUCUGCGCAAACACUACCUCGCUCCCCAGGUCAUCUUCUGCCUCGUGACUGGCCGCUUCGUACCUCCUAUCCACCGUCGCAACCUAUACGGUAUGCAGUACAGCAUGCUCCCCGCACGCCGGGCGACAAUGACCGAGGUGUGGUCAUUGUUAACACAGCCCCGCAAGACAAGCAGUGGCAGCAGCAGCAGCUCCUCAUCCAUGGGUGGCGGAAUCGGCACUGCAGCGAACGGGAUUCUCAAGGUUCCAGGGGCCUUCGGACAGGGUGACCUGAGACGGCGAGGCCAUCGAUAG